UUCAAAUUGCGCUAGGCACGUGAAUGCGCCCCAUGAGCCUUUAUUCUGCCCACUUCGGUUUCGACAGCGCCCUACAGAGCAGCGCUCAUCAUUCUGGCCUGGACCGUUGCUGUAUUUUUCAACAAUUCAACGCGCUUUAUUUAUUUAUUUAUUGGUUCAUUUUCAUUUUCAAUUCCUACAACUAUAAAAUAAUGGCUCAGGGCAGUCCGUUAGCGCCAGCAGAAACACGCGACUACACUACGCUAGACAAAUUGGCUGUGCUAUCACUCGUAUCUGCGCUUGACACGAAAGAUUGGGACAAAAUAGCGAAUCUUCUCCGUAACCGCACGCUCGGCGUGCUUCAGGGACCCCGAGCAUACACUCGCGAUGACUGCCAGCGCAUAUACCAGACGGCAAUUGGUGACCCCUUGCCUGGCGGACAAAGGAUUGCUGGGGACCGAGCUGUGCUUGGCGAGGCGCUCAACCGCGCGAAGGGGCAGAGGUUGUGCGAGAUUCGGGACACGCUUGGUGUUAUCGAGAGCGCCAUUGCACAGGCCAGUGUGGGUGCUGCCGAUAGCACCCUGAUUUUAGAGAAGCAGGAGGUCGGCAAAGCUGAAUCUGGCUCUGCCAUUACCCGCGCCCAGCGGUCACAAGCUAGCCCAAACCUUGCUGAUUCCAUAGCCGUCAUAAUCUCAGGAGCAGUUGCGGUCGGCAAUAAUGAGGAUACCAAUAGUGAGGGACGUGGGGCUGAUGAGGAGAGUGCAUUUCACAAUGCUGCAUUGUCUCCGACCGAAGUAUAUUCGACUCCCAAGGAAGAACCUGAAGAUGUAUCGGUAAGUAGCUCUGGCAAUGGCAACGACAACAGUGACGACGACAAAGAUGGCCCUGGUGCUGAUGCUGAGGAGAAGGUCAAUUUUUCUGAACGCCAACCACCUGUCAUAAAUGGCGCUGGGGGUGAUAUGGAGGAAAGCAGUGGCCUGCAGCAAUUAAGUUUGGCGAAUAAGGGGAGCAACGAUAAAAAAGAAUGUACAAAUAGCUCUGCGGAUUCUGAGCACGCGGCUGCAGAUGCUCUUGAUGACCUUCGCUCGGAGACCUCUGGCCAUGCACAAGCAGAAUCGGUUGACGACGAUGACAACGAGCGGCUGUCCAUGAGUCCAGAUGCUUCUAAAGAUGGUGCACAUAGCGAUGUUCCAGCUACACUGGAGAUGCUUUCUAAUCCCGCAUCCGAUGGAGCCCAUGCCAAUGAAGACGAAUUUCCGAAUUUCCAAGAUACCAAGUCCGCCUCCACUCCAAGUAAAUCACCCGUUGCGACGCCUGAUCCAGAAUUCAGAGAGAGCACUGAAGAGGCCAAGAUGGAAGACAUCGAGUCUCCGGACAUUUCCCCAGCUGAAGAAGAGGUUUCGGUGCGCUCGCCACCAGCGUGUGCCACUGCCAGCAAGCCUACCGCAUCUGCAGCUGACGAGCAGCAGCUGAAGAACUGGAAGAAAAAUAUUACCACCGUUUGGCGCGAGAUAUCUGGACAUCGCUAUGGCAGCAUGUUUAUCGGCCCUAUAAAGUCUGCGGACGCCCCUAACUACUAUGAUGUUAUUCGGCAGCCUAUAGACCUAAAAACGAUCAAGAACCGGAUCCGUGACGAGGAGAUUACCACUACAGUUGAGUUUUACCGCGAUAUCAUGCACAUGCUGAUGAACGCGCUAAUGUACAACGCCGAAGACACAGAGGUCUAUCAGAUGGCGAUGGAGAUGAUACCGGAUGCACAGGCGUGCAUCGAGCAGUUAUUGCAGACAGAGGCUGCUGUCAACAAUCCAAAAGGCAGUGCCAUCGCUGGUAGCGGAAGCUCCGCUGCCAGCGCCAGUGCCAACUUAGUCACCAGUGGCAUGGUCGGCACCGAUGCGGUAGCUGCAGGCGGCGCCAUCCCAGCAGCGGUAGUAGCAGCAGCAGCAAGGAGUGAAGCUAACUCUAAGCACGAUGAGAAUCAACAUGAGGGCGAGGACAGUGAUGAUUCGAUGCCUUCUAAGCGCAGACGGCGUGCGGCUUCUGGACGCGCGGCAAAACAUCUGCGCGCUUAAAUCACGGGCGAGUCAAGUCGCGUGAGGAUUUGGGAAUUUCAAGAGCCAGACCGCCAAAUCGGGCUGUUUUUUUUGCGUUUAAUUGUAUAAUGUUUGUUUCGUCAUUGCUUGAGCUCCAGUCGACCCGAACCACUGUUUCCAAGCCUGAAAGAUAUAUGAAUGAAUGUGUAUGUAUGUAUUUGUGUGUAUGCAGUGGCAAUGGUAGUAGGCGUGUUAAUGAAAG